CUCCAAGCACACCGUGAAGUCAACAGCCACCGCCUCUCUCUCUUCCUCCGCCCGCAUCGAUAAUUCGAUAUCUACGCAAUGGCUCUUUCCCCUCUUGUCUCAGUCUCACUCUCACCAUGGCACCUGUACACUACAAGAUCGCGCUGUGCCAGCUGCAGGUCACCCCGGACAAGGACGCCAACAUCGCCCACGCGCGCGCCCGCAUCGAGACCGCCGCGGACGCCGGCGCCAAGCUCGUCGUUCUGCCGGAAAUAUGGAACUGCCCCUACGCGAUGGAGACCCUGCCAAGCUACGCCGAGGACAUCGACGGCGGAGGGUCGCCGUCGGUGUCGAUGCUGUCGGAGGUGGCCGCUUCCAGAAAGAUCACUAUAGUCGGUGGAUCCAUACCGGAGAAGGCUUCGGGGCAGCUGUUCAACACGUGUUGUGUGAUCGGGCCUAAUGGAGCGAUACUGGGCAAGCAUAGGAAACUGCAUUUGUUUGGAAUCAAUAUCCCUGGAGACAUCUGUUUCAGGGAAUCUGAUACCUUCACUGCUGGACAAGAACCUACUGUCGUUGACACAGAUGUGGGACGGAUCGGUAUUGGAAUUUGUCAUGAUAUCCGCUUUCCGGAACUAGCGAUGUUGUAUCGAGCGAGAGGUGCACACUUGGUAUGCUAUCCAUCUGCCUUCAACAUGAGCACCGGGCAACUUCUAUGGGACCUUAUGCAGAAGUCCAGAGCUAUUGACAAUCAGCUUGUCUUGAUUUCAGUUGUUUGUGGCGACUUGCUCGCCUGCACGAGACCCCAACCCGCACUCGGAAUACAUGAUCUGGGGUCAUUCAAGUCUCAUCGGACCAUUUGGGGAAGUCCUGGCAGCAGCAGGGCACGAAGAAACAACCGUCGUCGGAGAGAUCGACCUGUCUUUGAUUGAAGCUGUAAGGGAGAACAUCCCCUUGGAGAUGCAGAGACGAGGGGAUCUGUACAGGUUGGUAGAUGUCCAGAAGGAAUAUUAUGCAAGCUAGCUACGUUGCUACAUGAGACGCAAACACAUCCUGGGUUCAGUAACACUAGACAUUGUUUACAAAACUUUGCAAUUGAAACAUAAGGCCUUACAAAAUGUAA